AUGAGUGUUGUGCUCAAAGCAAGAAAGCUAAUUCUAACAGGUUCGACAGCGAGUACAUCAAAAUCUUUAGCUCAUACACUUCUUAUUGAAAAUGGGUUUAUUACUCCAUCAAGUAAAGGAUUAUAUAGGUCAGUUAGAUGAAAAAUGGUUGGAAAAACAAAACAAAAUCCUAACUUCCUACGAAUUAACAAUAUAAAAAUCGAAGUCAGGCACACAAAUUGUUCGAAUUGUAUUGUAGAUCAAAUUUGUUUUGAUCUACAAACAAUCACAAAAAUAGUAUCUUCUCCAUAUCUCUCAAAAAAUGUUUCAGUUUACUUCCAUUGGGUCAACGGGUUAUCGAUAAACUAUGCCGUAUAUUAGAUGUGGAAUUUCAAAAAAUUGGUGCACAAAAGGUUUCGAUGCCAAUAAUUGGAACAAAACAAUUAUGGGAUCGAACAAAAAGAUGGGAUGCGAUGGGCGCAGAAAUGAUGACAUUUGAAGAUCGAUCAAAAAAUGCACUUUGUCUACAGGUAUCGUUACUUUGAAGAUAUUUGAUUUUUAUUCAAAUUUAGUUAUUUUUUAGCCAACCGCUGAGGAAAUGUGCACAGAUUUGGUUGCUAAUUUAUCAUCGUUGAAAAAAAGCAUGUUUCCUUUGAUGCUUUAUCAGAUCAAUGAAAAAUUUAGAGAUGAAAUGAAUCCGAGGUAAACUAUUUUCCUAUUUUUCCAAUUUAUCUCAAUAAUAUUUUCUAGAUUCGGUUUGAUGAGAAGUCGCCAGUUUUUAAUGAAAGAUAUGUAUACUUUCGAUAUGGAUUCGAAUUCAGCACAAAAAACAUAUUCAAAUAUUUGUCGAGUUUAUGAUCGAAUAUUCAAAAAUAUUCUGGAAUUAGAUGUUAUCAAAGUUGAAGCAGAUUCUGGAGUUCAUGGUGGACAAAUAUCACAUGAAUAUCAUCUUCGAAGUAAUCUUGAAGAAGAUUUUGUAGAUGUUUGUAAAACAUGUGAUACUUUUACUAAAUCAUCUUCUUGUCAAUGUGAAAUCCCAAAUUCGAAAAAAUCUGAAUUCGAGCGGAUAAAUACAGUAGAAGUUGGACAUACUUUUCAUCUUGGAACAAAAUAUUCAAAAGAAAUCGGGGCGAAAUUUCCAAAUAGCGGACCAUUAGAUAUGUGUUGUUUUGGAAUUGGUGUAUCUCGUCUUCUUCCAGCUGUUAUUGAUGCAUUAACUAUUUCAAAAGAAGCAAUUCGAUUACCAAGAGCAAUUGCACCAAUUGAAGCUGUUGUUAUUGUUAAAAAAGUAAGAGCAAAUAAGUAUUUGAAGAAUAAUUAUAAUUAAUUAUCAUUCAGUCGCUGAUGACAAAUGUUCUCGUUGAAGUUACAACUUCGACGGCAACCCGAUAUUUGAAAGGUGGUGUAAUGUUGGAUGAUCGAAGUGAAAUAUCAGUUGGAAAAAGAAUUCGUGACGCAAAUCGACUUGGUAUUCCAUUUAUUAUUGUUCUUGCAAAUUCGACCGAAAGAUCUAUGGUUUCUGGGGUAAGGUUUUGAAAUCUUGAGCCCGGAACAAAUUUUCGGUGGAAAAAGUAUCACCUGCUGUGAAGUUUCCGCAAACUGCUUUUUAUAAUAAGAAAAAAAUAAAUCCUCAAAAUUUAUUGAUUUUUCAGCAACCUCUUAUCGAAGUUUUCUCAACACAACCAAAAAGCGAUGAAGUCAUUCCACAUGGAACAUUGAGUUUGGAACAAUUUGUGACAUUUAUUCAAAAUACAGAAGCAAAUCCCGUCCUUUCGAAAUUUCCAGACUUCCAACAAGCAUCCAAUUAG